AUGCAAAAGAGGCAGAAAAAGCUGAAAACUUCGAAGAUGGUUGGAGUUAUGCAUUCCAUUGCAGAAUUAGGAGUUGAACUCACCUCCGAAGAAAAGGAUUUGUUUUCAAUAGGUUAUGAUAGGUUGAUGAACGCAAAGCUUCUUAAGUGGCGGGGGCUUGCUAAAGAUCAUGCUGCCAAUGGAGAUUCUUCUGUUAUUGCAGAAGAGAUGCGCCAACUGGCUCAAAAGUUUAUUCAUUUAAUUGAUGCAUCAUUCUUAAAAGCGGAACUGGAGGCCGAACAAAAAGCUCUUUUCCUAAAACUGAAAGCAGAUUGUCUCGGAUAUCUCGCCGAAAUCGAAACAGGCGACGAUUACAAGGAUGCAACGGGACGGAGCAUUAGCGCCUACAAAGAUGCCUACGAAGUUGCUUGGACCUUACUUUCGACGACAAGUCCACUCAGACUUACAAUCGCUCUGAACUUGUCGACGUUUUACUAUGAAGUAGCCAAGUUGCCUGAACAAGCUUGCCACAUUGGAAAGGAGGCUUUUGAUUUAGCAAUUGGCGAUAAAGAACAAAUUUCGGAAGAUGAACGUGCGGAGACGAUGCUUGUUAUGCAGCUCAUUCGUGACAACUUGGUACGCUGGACUUCGGAACCUGACGAUGAGGGGUAG